CACCUGACUAUCGUGCUUUUUUGGCUGCUGUCACCUCCCUGGUCGAGCCACAUCACUUCUCCCAAGCGGCAAAAUACUAGGAAUGGCGGGAUUCCAUGCAGCGGGAAAUCACAGCUCUCGAGGAUAAUGACACUUGGACUCUCGAGUUAUUGCCCCCUGGCAAGCGGGCCAUUGAUUCGAAGUGGGUUUACAAGAUCAAGUAUCGUCCUGAUGGCACUAUGGAGCGAUACAAGGCUCGUCUUGUUGCUAAGGAUUUUACGCAGUUGGAGGGCAUCGACUUCCAUGACACUUUUGCACCCGUUGCGAAACUCGUUAAUGUUCGAGUUCUUCUUGCAGUUGCUGCUCACAAAUCCUGGCCUUUGCACCAGCUGGACGUGAACAAUGCUUUCCUCCAUGGUGACUUUGACGAGGAGGUUUACAUGAAGCUGCCACCGCGUUUUUCCCAUGCAGGAGAUCAACGUGUUUGCCGCCUGCGCAAGUCUCUUUACGGACUCCGACAGGCAUCACGGAAUUGGUAUGCCAAGUUUACCUCGGCUCUUCAGGAAUUUGGUUUUGUUGUCUCAAAGGCUGACCCUUCGCUUUUCCUCUAUGAGCGACCUGGUACUUUCGUUGUUGUCUUGAUUUAUGUCGAUGACGUCGUGUUGACUGGUGAUAUUCCCGACGUCAUCUCUCGUGUCAAGACCUUCUUACGUGAUCGUUUCAGCAUCAAAGACUUGGGUCCUCUCAAGUAUUUUCAUGGCAUAGAGGUUGCACGGUCACCUGAAGGCAUUGUCCUUUGUCAGCGCAAGUACACUUCUCAUAUCUUGGCUGAUUCAGGAUUGGGUGCGGCCCGUCCCAGUGGUUUUCCUAUGGAGCAGAAUCACUCUCUCACACAGCCUCAUGAUGAACAGGCAGACGAAGUAAGUGCGUAUCGGCGUCUUAUCGGCCGACUUCUCUACCUUACUAUCACUCGGCCUCACAUCGCCUACUCCGUCAACAUUCUUAGCCAGUUUGUGCACUCUCCCAGUCCUGCUCAUGUUGAAGCAGCUCAUCGGGUUCUACGUUAUCUGAAGGCUGCCCCCGGUCAGGGUCUCUUUCUGCCUGCCGCCAGUACUUUGGAGUUGACAGCUUACUGUGAUGCAGAUUGGGCCGGCUGUUGGUCGACUCGUCGCUCGAUGACAGGCUACUACAUUAAACUUGCCACGGCCCCUGUCUCCUGGCGAGCUAAGAAGCAGCGCGUUGUCUCGCGUUCCUAUGCUGAAGCCGAGUACCGUGCCAUGGCCAGUACUACCAGUGAAGUUCUCUGGCUUCGCUUUCUUCUAGGUGAGUUGCGAGUUCCUCAACGCUCGCCCACCGUUCUCUACUGUGAUAAUCAGGCUGCUCUCCACAUUUCUGCUAAUCCGGUCUUCCAUGAACGGACUAAACACGUUGAAAUGGACUGUUACUUUGUUCGUGAGCGGGUGGCUUCGAGCGACAUUCAGCCGCGCAAGGUCCAUACCAGUUCACAGCUUGCGGAUAUCUUUACCAAGGCUUUGGGAACCAAACAAUUUCAUUUCCUGUUGUCCAAACUUGGCAUUUGUAACCUGCAUGCUUCAGCUUGAGGGGGGAGUAUUGAGCCUGAUUAGUCUCGGUUUGGAGUUGUUUGGUUAGUUUUAUUUCUUUGGGACCUUUCUGUAAUUUGCACUAUACCCAUGUUAAUUAGUCGAAGGGUAUAAGUGCUUUUGUUGCCGCCUCCUGCAACCCUAACGCAGAGGUAGCUGGUGUCUUCUUCAUUGAUAGUGAGAACUUCAGCAUGAGGGCUAUGCUCUCCGUGGAUUAGUCCCGGUCUCCGGGGAUACCACGUAAAUCUCGCGCGUCGUUUCUUUUCCGCAUUCUUCCUUUUUACAAACUCCAUUUGCAAAAUCAAUUAAUUACAGUCACAAAGCAGAGCUAGCCAACAAACCAAACAAAAUCUCUUAUAAAAAUGAAAACACAGA